AUGGAAAUCGAAAAUAAAUAAAAUCUUGAAAAUAGCGAAAACAUUUAAAGUGUUAUCUUUUGUAUUUUCAAGACUCAUUUACCAGCUGAAUACAAAGUAGAAGAAGAUGUUAUUGAAUUGCCAACAAGUCUUAAUGAGAAGGCUUUGAACGAAAAUCUUGUUCAAUUGCUUCAAGCUUAACACGAUGAUGAAGAACCAACAAAAUUUUAAAAUAUGCGUUUUGAAUUCAUGAUUAAAUCAGAGUUCCUUAGAGGUACUUUGAGAUCUCACAUUUUGAAGCAUGAUUUAAUGACCGAAAAAACUAUCGAAAUUUGGUAUACCUUCAGUUUAUAGCCUCCUAAAGAAGAUAAAAAGGCCGAAGAAGAAGAUUGGGUUAGCUGUCUCACUCUUUUGAAGCCUUUUGAGCCUUCAAAGUGUUAACCUGUUAUUGCUUCUCUCUACAAUGGAAGCAUCUCAGUCUACUCUGAAAAUUUAAAGCAUCUUUAUAGACAUUAAAUAACUGAUGCAUCCAUCAAGGCCAUUGGUGUUUAAUAAAACUAUUUAAGUGGCUCUGCAAACGAAUAUUUAGUAUUUACUGCAUGUGAAGACGAAACUAUGAGAGUUGGUAAUUUGAGCUACGAAGUUUAAAAAGGCAAAGUUAACAUAGGUUAUACUGAAAUAGCUGAUUGCAUAGGAUCUGAAUCCUAAUUAUAAUGUUUAGAUUUAAAUAUUUUAUAAAACAAUCUCGUUUGUGCUGGUAAUUAUAAAGGUGAUAUUCUCGUUUAUUCUCUCACUAACAAGUAUUUGGAAGAAGCUCCUUCAGCUGGUGGAGAAGGUGUUGGCAAAAAAAAAGUUAAAUUAAGCAAGAAAUAAUUAGACCCAAUUACAAAAAUUUCUAUUCAUCACGAUAGAGUUAGCAAUGUUUAUUGGAAAGAUUCAGAUAGAAUAUUGAGUAGCUCUCAUGAUCACCAUAUAAAAUUAUAUGAUACCUCAAAGUAAGCUGAAGUAAAUGAUAUCACAUGCAAGGAUUCAGCUGUUACUGCUAUGUUCCCCACUAAAGAUUUUAUACUUUCAGGCCAUGAAGAUAACACAAUUAAGUCUUGGGAUUUGAGAGAUAAAGCUCCUGCUAAAGUAUUCAAAUCACAUACAAGCUGGAUCAGCAGCAUUAAAGGUUUAGAAACAGAUUCAAAUAUAUUCUUGACCACUUCAUAUGAUCACACUGUUAAAAUUUGGGAUAUGAGAUCCACAUUCCCUCUAUUUACAUUAAAAACUCAUCACGAUAAAGUUUUAAGUGGUAUUUGGAAUAGCAGUGCAAGUGUCAUUUCUGGAGGUUCAGACAACGAAAUUGUUUCCCACUUAUUCAAUGGAGAGUGA